CAGACAGCUGAUGGCCUGAGUGCAGGAGUGAGGAAGGUCAAAUUGUACGUGCUGUACGUGCCGGGCCGGCCAUGGACUCCGGGAUCUUUGUCCUUUGAUGUUGACCAGCCAGGCCUGGGACGCGGCGUCUUCAUUGCAAUUGCAUUACGACUGUACACAACCGAGUCCAACCUGGGCUAGGUCGAAUUUGGAAGGAAGGAAGGAGGAAGAAACAAGAAAGCAAGUGGAUAACCUUGUCUUGCCUUUGUACUGGAAGAAUUGUACGUGCCCACAUAAAUCAAGAUGUCUGAACUGUUUGCAGACCGCAACGAACAGAGCAGCGUGUACGACUGCAUCGUGGUAGGCGGAGGUGUUAUUGGCUCAGGCGCCGCCCUUCAAUUGGUCAAAGAGGGCUACAAGACGCUCCAAUUAGAGCAGUUCACUCUCCCGCACAGCCGCGGCAGUUCGGCGGGACCGUCGCGCAUGUACCGCAACGUUUACAGUCAGGAGCACCAUGCUGCGAUGGCCCGCAAAGUCAUUGAAAUGUGGGAGGAGCUGGAACAAGAAACGAAUACAAAGCUUCAUUGGCAAACAGGAUUGUUGGUGCUAGACAGAUGCAAGACGCAAGAAUUCCGUCGAAUGAAAGAGAACCUAACGAAGUAUAACUUACCCUUCGAAGAGCUAACCACCAAACAGCUGGUGAAUCGAUACCCUCUCAUGUCCUACAAAGGCCCCUACCAUAUCCUCCUCGAUCACGAAGCCGGAGUUCUCCUUGCAAACAAGUGCCUCAAAAUAAUGCAGGAUCUGUUUGUCAAGAAGGGAGGCGUGCUGCGAGACGGUGAAAAAGUUGUCAGGAUUAUCCCAGGCCGGAUUGUCACCGUGUGCACCAGCAGCGGACGGGAGUACAAAGCAGGGAGUCUGGUCCUUACUCCAGGGCCAUGGGCCUCCAAGAUGCUGAAGCCACUUGGACUGGACCUACCGCUGAAGGCGUGGAGGGUGAGCAUCUGCUAUUUCAAGGAGAAGCAGCCUGGUGCGUACUGGAACUACCCGCCGAUGUUUGACCGAGUAGGAAACGGUUUCAUCUACUGUUUCCCGAGCCAAGAUUACCCAGGCUACAUGAAGUUCGGUUAUCAUCUUCGCUGGAACGAAGUAGAUCCGGACAGCAGAGAUAUCCAAGAGGGACAACCCAAGUUGGAUAAACCAAUUGUGGACAUUGAAGCUGUCAAGAAUUACGUCAAAGAACACUUCCCUGGAUUAGAACCAGAACCUUCCAUCAUAGAGAACUGCAUGUACACGUGCACGCCAGAGGAAGAAAUUAUUGUUGACAGCCACCCAACCUACCCUAACAUCGCCAUUGGUUGCGGCUUUUCAGGUAAAGGCUUCAAAAUGGCUCCACUGACGGGCAAGAUUUUGGCUGACCUGGCCAUGGGCAAGCCUCCGACCUACGACCUCAGCCCCAUCGGCAUCAAACGAUUCCUGCACCAGAAAGCCAAGCUGUAACAGGUCAAGAUAAGAAAAGUCUAAAAAUGGGAGGGUCUUAUCUCGGCCACGCCCCUGAGGGAGGUCCAUCUCAUUUCAGUUGGGAAUGGGCGGGGUUUAUGUUUAUAUCAGCCUGUGAGGAUGAUGAGUCUUAUUUUGAUCUUGUACAGACCUCUACUGUUGUGAUUUUUGUGGGUCUUGGGUUGUCUCAUAUUUUUUGUUACCUUUUACUGAAAUUGUCGGAAGUCAUCACAAAUCAUUCACAAGACAUCACAAGCCCAUCACAGUUCAUUUGAUUUAUUUAAAUUAAAGUUUUUCUCCAGAAAAAAACGGGUCAAGGCAUUCUUGUGAGCUUAUAAUUGAUUGCCUUGCAAUUAAUUCCAUUGCAGUAUUAGAAUGCUCUAUAUUAUUGCAUUGAAAAGUCCUUUUUUAAGGUAUGUACAAAACUGAUUUUUGUAGAUUUGUAGACUUGAAAUUUUAAUUUAUUGAAAACUGAAUUGUGUAGAUAAAAAAAAGCUAAUAUUUUUUUUUCUAAAUAUAUUUAGGAUGUGGUAUCAGGCUUUGUGUAAUUAUUUCUGCAUGAUUGAAAUGUCUUUCAUGCAGGGUUUUGAACAUAUGGAAUAAGACUUUUAAAUCACAGUUAUACAAAUUAAGAUUCUAAUUUUACAAAUUCGGCAACUUUUGUAGCAAAACAUUGAAAUUUAUGCAGUUGCAAUGCAAAAAAAUACUGUCUUCGAAGUUUCACACACCAAAAAAAAAAAAAUAGCUGGAAUAGUUGUCCAAUAUUUUUUGACAGUGCUUUCCCUAGUGAUUUGGAAUCAGGGUCAUUGGCUUGCCCUUUGAAUACAAUUUAGUAUUUAUCAAUUCACCUUCAGCACAAGUCCAUAAUUCAUGUGUACUUUUGUGCAAAUAUUGUUUAAAAAUAGUAUUGUGCGCAGAAUUUAAGUAUGGGUGAUAUGUAUAAAAACUAGCAAAGGAUCAGAAGUUUAAGCAAACAGCAAAAACAUUUAUUUUGGAGUAAUAGCAUUGACAAAAGCAAAAGCUUGAAUGUGUAUGAAUACCACAAUUUUAGCAUCUGUUUAUUUGUUAAAUGUUUGUAAUAUCAAUAGAAAGUAAAAUUUGUGGAAAGAGGUUGAGUGAAAGAGUCUUGCCAGAAAAUGUCCAAAAAUGUUACACAUUACAUGCAUAAGGCUGUUGAGUAUUAACAUUACAUUGUGAAUAAGGUUGUUGAGUAUUAACGUGAAUAUUGGAAUAUUAAGUCUAAUUUAGUAUAUAGCAAUAAAAGUUUGUAUAUUUAGUGAAGUUA